AGGUCUCGUGAUUAUGUGCGCAGAAUCUAGAAUCCCCAUGGAAUGUUGUUGUGGCACUAAGCAACUAGGAUCACUUGGCGUCCAUCUUUCCUCAGCGGAGAGAUCUCUUUGAGCCGCGAUGGCUAAAAGGAGGUGUAAGAUGAAGGCCUGCCCAAGUGCAGCAAAGCAUGAGAGUGCUGGCCAUGGAGCCAGUGCAGAGAAAACAAGGCCUCGCCACUACAAUGAUGAUGACGAAAAAACUUGUCCCACUCCGAAAAGCCGCUUCCGCCACUACCGCCCCAGUGAUGGAGGUGAGAGAGCUGAUAGACCUGAGGGAAGAGAAAGAACUUAUCUAGGUGGAGCCGAAGGAGGAGAGAGAAGCCAUCGCUAUAGCAGAUAUGUGGAAGGGCAUAGAGGUGAACGAGAGAGGCCUGUUCAAGCCAAAGGAAACGAAAAACCUGAUCGAGCUUGGGUAGGUGAGAGAGCUGGUAGAGCUGAUGGAGGUGAGAGGUCUGGUCGAAUCAACGGAAAAGAAAAUUCUGCUAGAGUUGAGAGAGUGGAGAAGUCUGGGCGCAUGCAGAAGCCCGAUAGAUAUAGGAAGUCAGUUCGUGUUGGGAAGCUCAAUGAACCUUACCACCUUAAGGGAAAUAAGAGAGCCGAGAGUGAUAUUGAGACCGAGGAAAUUUCUGAUGAUAAAGAUGAAGAUGACAAUGCUCCUACUAGGAUCGAGAAUUACUUUAGGAUCUGUGGUAAUGGAUGUAGGUUACCCGUAAAAAAGCUGCCCGAGUCAAUUAAGUUCGUUAGAAGAACAAUUAUUCUAGAAGACUACGACUCCCUCGACGACAGCGAAGACAAAUAUGACAAGCGUCCAUUUGGAGAGGUGAUCAGAUCUGGCCAAGGUAACAAUGCCCCAAACCAAAACACACUUAAUAGAUCAAAGAAGAUAUCUUUCCUCUUACUGCUUGUUGUUUCCUUGACCGCCUCCAUAAUGCUGCUGAUAUAUCUAACCUUUCCUCAACUUAAUGACGAAGAAAAAUCAAAACUGAAGAUUCCCACGACCGUGGAUGAAAUCAAGGCCCUUGGGCAACUUUUAUUGAAAUACAAGGACAACUUUUUCACUUCCAAAAAGUUGAACUUCUAACUGGUUAUAAAGAUGCAGCUGAUAACACCAGAAGUUUCCCACUAUUGACACCUUGAAUGGAGAGUGAUGGAUUUUCAAGAUCUAAAAGAGCAGAAGCAGAGCGUUGAAGAAACCGUUUUAAAAGAAGUAAAGUGCCUGGUGGAAAAAAAAAUUUAAACAGAGGGUUGAUUGCAGUGUUAAAUGAAUAACUCUCCCUCCUCAAAAUAGCUUAUAUUAAUUUAUUCUACCAGUUAAAUAAGAGCUCACUCACAGUAGAAGUUUUCUUUGGCGUUUUUAUCCCCAUAACAACACAUUUUCUGCUUCAGAAGUAUUGUUUAA